GAGGAAAAGACAAACGUGAAAGUCGUGUCAUCAAUUAUAUUUGAGAAUUAAACUUUAUAGUAUUUUUUAGUGAUUUAUCUAAUAGUGAUAUUUUACAUGGAUAUUUGAGGAUAAACAUCGAAUUUAGUGCUAAAAAUGAUUAUAGAAAAUCCAGAUGCGUUCAAAACAUGGUUGACCUCCAUAUUGGAACCCCUAUGUGAUGCUGAUCCAGCAGCAUUAGCCAAAUAUGUCUAUGCACUUGUCAAGAAAGACAAGCCAUUGGAUGAGCUCCGUGAUGGAAUGCUUGAUCAGCUUGAUGUUUUCUUGCAGCAAGAGACUAAACCAUUUGUAGAGAUGCUGUUUAAGGCAUUGGAUAGCCAGGAGUACCUAAAACCUGUUGAGGAGAAGAAAGAUGAAAUGGCAAUAGAACCCGAGGUACCAGCUGAGGAGCCACAACCGGAGAAUCAUGUGGCUCCAAUGCCUACGGAGCCUGAAGAGAAGCAACGGAACCACUCUCCCCCUGCUGCAGAAGUAAAGGAGCCUCCUCGACACCGAGUGGUUGUGGCAAGGAGACCUCCGCAACAUGAGCAUACUCUAGUCAAGGUAUUACCUACUGAACUGUUAGAAGAACCAGUGGAACCUCCAAGGAGAAGAGAUAGGAGGGGUGACUUGAUACGUGAUAAAGAUGACCGUCGCCGCCGCCGUUCCCGGUCUUGGGAGAGACGUUCCCGCGCGAGACGACACCCACGUGACGACGGACAUCCGGAUAGACGGUAUGACAAGAGGAGACCCUCACGAUCUCCAUCACCAAGAGGUCGGUAUAGGAACAGAAGUCCACCAACUGCAUUAUUGGAUAGACAGCCUAGCCGGUCUAGGUCAAGAUCUCCAGUGACUCGUGAUAGGGAUCUCGAGAGAGAAAGGGACAGGCUGCGUCCCGCGCGUGAGUUGGAGCGGGAUAGAAUGUCGCGCGACCGAGAGCACCGGGAUCGCUUGUCUCGCUCUAGAGACCGAGAAAGGUCUCGUGAUAGAUCGCGCGAUAGGACGUUAUCGCCACACGACACAAGAUUAGACCACACCGACACGUACAAACGGAGAUGUAGAGACUUUGACGUGAAAGGCUACUGUAUGCGCGGCGAUCUUUGCGAAUGGGAUCACGGUGUUGAUCCCGUUGUGCUGGAAGAUGCUGCUCUUACCAGAGUUCUGGCUUUGCCACCACCUGUACCAGAGUACAACCCGGCCACUCCGGACAUCUGGGUGGGAGGUGGCUUCGCGGCUUUCCCCCCCGCGCCUCACCCCCCGCCGGCGCAUCACAUGACGCCCAGGGAACUCGUGCCUAUACCUAGAGUACGCCAUGAAAUGCCAACUGGAGCGAUGGUACCUCCUGUGCCGAGACAUCCUCCACCGAUGAAGAAGAACUUUGACUAUAAUAGACUUGGCUCAACCAGGCCACCGUUGGUGGGAAAGGGUGUUAAUUGCUCCUUGGAAGUGAAGAAAGUGCCUCAUGGGCUCAACGACAUCACACAUCUGAACAACCACUUCAGCAAGUUUGGCAAGAUUGUUAAUAUUCAGGUUUGCUUUGAAGGCGAUCCCGAAGGAGCCCUUGUAACAUUCUCUAAUCCAACGGAAGCAAACGUUGCCUACAAAAGUACAGAAGCGGUGUUGAAUAAUAGAUUCAUCAAGCUGUUUUGGCACAACCCAGAGAGCAAACAAGAGAACGCAGCGCCAGUCGCUCAACAGAAUAACCAGAACAGCAAUCCACUGUCGCACAACAAAGUCUACAUCAACAAAGAUAACAUAAAGGCCAGUGAGCAGAAUAAACAGAAGGAAAAGUUGAAAGAGACGAACGGCGAAACAGAGAAAAAAGACGAGAAACCAUCGGACAAGUACAAGGAAGUGAUGGAGAGGUACAAACGUGCUCAGGUGCUUCUUCAGACGCAGCUGACACAGCAGAAGGUUACCAUAAGCAAGUUGGAGAGUGGUAAUGUUAGUGAAGAGCAGAAAACAGAAUUCCUGGAGACGAUAAAGGCUGCACAAGGGGCCAUAGAGAAAUUGAGGAAAGAACUUGUUGCAUACAAUGGCAUGAUCAAACAUUUGCAGGAGGAGAAUGUGUCGCGCUCCAUGUCUCGGCUACAACUGAAUCAGGGAAAGAAGCCAAAAACGGCUGCAGAGGCCCAAAAAGAGAUUUUGGAUGCUGAACUGGAUAUCAUUACAAAACAACAGGAGGGGCAAGACGUCACGGAAUUGGCGAAGAAAAUUGUUGACAUGCGACGCAAGAUGUCCAUACAGUUUCCAUCUCACACAAGCGUAAGAAAAAUCCACUCUAGGGGCGGUCGUUUUAACCCCGCAAUGCGUUACACGCGUAACGCAGCUGCACCGGCCCCGAAGACGUUCAGCGAUUUGUCUGUCGAUCACCGACCUCGUACUCUGUUGAUAUCCGGCUUUGAACCUGAUGAAUUGGAGGCCGUGCAGACGCAUUUCGCGAAAUUUGGAGAGAUUGUCGGUAAAGUCGUGAACAUGUCUGUCCCGGAACUGACAGUGCAGUACAAAAUUCGAUCCCAAGCUGAAAUGGCUCUGAUGCGUGGCAGGAACUACAAUGAUCGGACGCUCAGUAUAACGUGGGUAGCCAACAAUAAACCUCUUGGAGCAGCGCCAAGCGCGACCCAAAAUGGCGAUGCCCCAGCGCAGGAGAACAGCAAGGAUACGCAGAACCAGGAGCAAAGCGAGGACUUCCGUUUCGAUGAAGAAGAUGAGGAUGAAGCUGACGAAGACAGAUCUUGGAGGCGUUGACGCUGCGCUGGCCGCUAGCUAGACUAGCGAUUUAUACUAACACAUAAAAUUGACGUAUACAUUGACAUUGAAACUUAACUUAGGCCUCACUGUGGUUUGCAUUUUACCAGCAUUUUAACCGCAAAAGAAAUGCGGGUUUUUGUCAUAGAUUUUAAUAUUCAUAUACAACUUAACUUAUUAUUCACAUGUAUUAGUAGUGACAUACAUUUUUUAAUAUAUUAUAUUACAUAAGAAGUAUUUAUCACUUAGCUCAUAUAGAUGACAUAUAGUGGCAUUAACAGCUUUGCGGUUAGAAGCUGCGGAGAAAAUCACAGUGCGGCCUUUUAAUAUUCCUUAAUACUGGGCUAACUGUGAGCUAUAAAUUAUGUUUAGGAUUUGAAUUGUAUGUAUAAUGUUUCAAUGUAAAUACUUUUGCUAAAAAACAUAAUUUCAGAUGGCAAUCGGUCCCAAAUAGUUUACAACGCAUAUAUAAUUACAGACUAUAAAGCAUUUUAGCUAAUUUAAUAUCAAUAAAAUGCUAAUUUAAAUAAUGGCAAAGAUUCUGGGUCUAAUGAGAAUUUUGGAUUAAUAAAAAAGUGCUUCGAUUUCUUGGCACUGUUGAAGUAAAGGAAAACAUUUUGUAUCAAAUUUAACAAAGGCGACCUUUAAAUCUUUUUAGACUAUCUUCUCGUAUUGAAUAUCUUUAAAUAUAUUUCUACUGAAUUUUGGCAUUGUUUCUUCUGAAUAUGGAAAUGUUCUCUUCAAGUCGUGAAUACUACGUUGUAACUUAGACAAAAGUGUAAGCACGAAGCGUGACUGACGUCACUAUGGUCACGUGACCGACAGAUAUCCACCCCACUAGCUAGAUUCUCGGUCGUUCUUUGCGGUCUUUGUAUCUCCCAAUCAAUUUAUAAUGAGAAUUCAGAUAUUGCAUCGUUAAAGAAAAACAGAAUUUAUGACUCCUGUCGUUAUGUCAUUUACGUAUCAGUCUUACACAUUAGUGUCAAAGUUUAACUAUUUGAGUUUAGGACAUUAUGGAUUAGACUGAUAAGGUAGAUUAGCCUAGACUCAGGUUUCGUAAUUGCCUUGCAUUGGUCGUAAUUUCAAUUUACAGAAACAUAUUCCAGUUUCAAUUGUUUGACGUGUCUUCCUUACUCGUCCAUUCACCUGACUGGUGUUACGCGACAUAUACAGUGAUAGUAUAACCUAUAUGUCGUCGUCUCGCAUGAUUUUUACGAUGGAAGAUUUUGACGUCUAGAAUUGUCUGUGAAUAUAUUAUGAAGAAACGUGUCAAGUUGUUGCAUAAAGUGGUGGUUACACAAAAUCACCAUACGACAAGCGUGACACAAAGGAAUUUGUAUGGGAAUGACAUUAGCUCGUUUCACGUGACCAUUUACAUACAAAUGUUUUUGGGUGGUGGUGUCGCCAAGUGAUUUUGUCUUAAACCCCUGAAAUAGUCAAUUGUCAUAAUUGACAGUUUUGAUAUGUCUAAUUUUCUAAACGAUAGACGAACACAUAUAUAAAACUGUUGUUUAUAUGUUUAUGUACAGUUGAUUGGUGCAAUAUUAGGUAACUGUCAAACUAACUAAACAAUGACAAUACAGAUAAGUUAAGUCAAUCGCAGUCAAGUGAAAUCUUUGACAAUUGACUAUUUGAAAGAUGCAUGAAUUUGACUAGUUGACGUACAGUGACUUUGCCAUAGUGACUUAAAUGUUUAAAUAACUAUUUUAUCCUUAUUAAUCGAUAUUUAUAUUAUAUAUAAGAAUAAAUUCUAAAACAGCUGGAAACGCUUUAUAAAUUAAGUAUUUAAAAUUAAAGUAGCCUAUAGGAUUGUUAUACAUUAGGAAUAAACAAUUUUAAAUAUUUUUUUAUCUAUCUUGCAAUUGGUCUCCUUCAGUUAUUUUAACUAAUUUGGCACGGUAUAGUACAUACAGAAAAUACACCAUCUUGGAGAAAAGUUGUACUUUGUUUAAAAAUGGAAAUAGG